CUGGCAAGUGGAACAAAAAGCACGUGCCGAAACACGUGGAGCGCGCGCGAAGAGGAGGACUGGGUACGAGCGUAUAAGCUCAUAGCUACAAGAUACCUGUACACGUUAUUUCCUGACAGCAAACACGCGAAUGAAUUCAAGCUAACCAUGCCGCCGUCUUGGGUUGGGUACAUGUAGGACAGCGUCUGUAAGGGCGUUUUUGCUGCAACGUCACUGUCUUGGCGUCACACCAGAAGACAGACGAAAGAGUUUUGAGCAUGCGAGUCUGUUGAUUUGCGUUGCUGGUCACUUUUUCUUUGUGUCGGCCGCUCGAGCUGAGCUUUGCACGGUCACAGCAAUGCUGCGGAAGUUACAUCUCGCAAUCUCUCGGUCCUAUUCAACUCACAACACAAACGAUCACAUCUCUCUCCUCGCCGUCUUCGUCUGCCUCUCUUCGGCAUUCGCAUUAUCCGACCUGAACGACAUUCGAAAUUACUUUGCAGGAGAAAUAAGCAGCGUACAAGUCGAGAAGGAAUUAUUUGACUGCUCUGAUGUACCGCUCAGUGCCAAUUGCUCGUCCAAACAGACAGAUGCGAUCUGCUCUAGUGAUCAAGCUUGUAGAGGAACGCAAGAGGAGCGUUACAGUCGGUGCUGCUUCAAUGGAUGUCAGAACAUUUGCAUGUUGCCUGCAGUGGUGGAUUGGAUUAGAAGCCCAAACAGAGACAGUGAACCAGGAUUAAUUGUGGCUGGACCAGAGGCACCAGAUUUGGGUGAACUGUGUAGUCUUGAUCUCGAUGCAGAGGCAACACAACACUGCCCGCAUGGGUAUGUGUGUAAGGAGGAUGAUGGCAGUGAUCCUCGAGUUGCAAUGUUUAGUGCUCAACAAGAGUCUCCAUCUCUACGUAAUUUGGGAAUUUGUAUCAAAGGUGAUCUAUGCUCGUUACUUGUAGACAAGGGUAUAUGUCAAAAUGCUGUGCGGCGGUAUUAUUAUGACUCUCAGAGCAACUCUUGCAAAGGAUUUGACUACGGUGGUUGUGGAGGAAAUGACAACAACUUUGAGACAGAGGAGAGAUGCAGAAGUGCAUGCGAAAAAUCAGAUGCUUUGUUGGUUGAACAAGAAGACAAAGAAUUGUUUUUCGCUGGAGAACCAACAGUUGCUCCUAAAGGAUUGGUACUCUAUACAGAUGAUCCUUGUAUUCUCACUGACUGCAACUCUACGAUUGGUGAACGAUGUGUUGUGGUGUCUCAGGGUACUGACAGCGAAAGUGACAACGACAAUAAAAUGCCAGUCUGCACAUGCAACUACCCUUGUCCCGAAAAAGUUGAUCCUGUGUGUGCAAGUAACAACCGUCAGUACGAUAACGAGUGUCUUAUGGAGAAAAGCAUGUGUAGCAACAGUGUGAUACUCUCGGUCAAAUACCAUGGACCAUGCUACGAUCCGUGUGUGGAUGUUCAUUGUGAGCAAGGACAACACUGUGUGUCUGACUAUCAUACGAGACGUGCUACUUGUGAGUGCAUUUCGACUUGCAACAGUGCGGAGGAUUCCGACAUUGUGUGCGGAUCGAAUGGCAAGUGGUAUCCAUCAUUCUGUUGGAUGAACUUUGCAGCUUGUAAGACAAACAUGACAUUGAGUGUUGAACAUAGGAACAGUAAGGAAAUUUGUGGUAAUGUUAAGCCAGGAUCGUGUCCUGACAUUGAGCUUGAAUCUGAUGGUGUAUGCCAAGAUCAUUGUUCAAUGGAUGACCAAUGUGACGGCUCGUUGAAAUGCUGUUUCAAUGGCUGCCAGCACCAUUGCGUUGAACCAGUAUUUGAAAGAGAUUGUGAAUAUCUUGGGCAAAUUUACAAACAUGCUGAAAAAUUCUCGGAAGGAUGCAGCGAAUGCUCUUGCAAGAAAGGUCGAAUCCAAUGUUCAUUCUUUAACUGCAUUCCAGAUAAUGAUGAUCUUAGGGAUAGUGCAUCAGCAGAUGGCAAUGUGACCUUACGUCAGUCGGUUGAUGAAGAUGCUGAGGAUGAUGUCUAUUAUGGAUAAGGAUAGAACUCACGUACUGUAGUUGGUGCACAGCGGAUUGAAUGAUGGUUAAUUAAUUAUUCUACAGAGAUUUUAAUUAAUUAUUAAUUCGGAUGAUACAUUUUUGUUGAUAUGUUACCAAUAGAGAGACGAAUUAUUAGGGAUUUGUCUUAUUUAUUUAUUGCUAUAGAUUAGCUUUAGUAGAUCUUACAUGCAAGUUUAUCAAGUUUACUA